AGCAACCCCCGGCACUGAGAGGCAGCAGGAGAGCGAGAGCGAGCAGGAAGAAGAGGGGGAGUGACGACAGCAUGCACUGUUAGAAAAAGCUGCUCUGUAGAUCUCAGAAGUCAGACGGACCGAACGCUUUUACAACACUUUUCUCUUGGGACUGUUUAUUUCUUUUUUCCAUGAGUGCUGCAAGCGUGCUCAGGUCUUUCAGUCCAUCAGCGAUGCCUGGCCCAGUGAUGCCGAUGGAUGUGGCUAUGAGGUUCUACAUCAGCCACUCUCCGCCGCCCCUCCGAGGUUUCCUCAGCUCGUACGAGGAGCUGCAGAGGGCCAAGAACCGGGUCAACCAGUCCACUGCCCGCUGCCACAACCAGCAGCUCUACAAACCCCUGCGGCCCUGCCUCAGCAGCCAGCAGAGAGCGGCGGCCGACGGUAGCUGCGUGACCUGGAACAACAACAAGGCAGGCAAGAAGAGGGUGGUGUUCGCCGACACCAAGGGCAUGUCACUCACCGCCAUCCACGUCUUCUCCAAGUUCGAUGACGAGCCGUAUCAGAACAAGCGCUGCGGGGGGAUCACGGAGGAGCUGCAGUUCGACAUGACGGACCUGGAAGCGGCGACCAUGGAUCUAAAGAUCAGCUCCGUGCGCAGCCUGGCGCUGGACUUUAAGCAGCCCUCGGCCGACUACCUGGACUUCCGGAACCGCCUGAUUCAGAACUCGGUCUGCUUGGAGAACUGCUCGCUGCAGGAGCGUUCGCUGACCGGCACCAUCAAGGUCCGGAACAUUGGGUUUGAGAAGUCGGUGCAGGUGCGUGCCACCUUCGACUCGUGGGCCAGCUUCAGCAACGUCGAGUGCACCUUCAUGAACAACGUCUACGGCUGCCAGGACUCUGACACCUUCGCGUUCGUGCUGGAGCUGCCCACCUUCGUCCCACCGCAGAACCGGGUCGAGUUCUGCGUCUGCUUCACGGUCCAGGGUCAGACCUUCUGGGACAAUAACGACGGCAAGAACUAUGUCCUCAAGCACGUCGGCCUGAACGGAGAGGACCUGAACAGUCUGACGCCCCCGACUUCUGUUGAGCAAAAGAAACCUUCGGAGCAGAAAAACGGGGGCGUGAAGCUGCUGGAGAUGGAGUUCGAUCAGUUCGGCAGCCCACGCAUGUCCAGCGGACUCUUCCCCGGCUGGCAGAGCUGGGGUCAGAUCGAAAACACAGUGCCUUAUUGGUGAAAGCAUCGGAGGGUUCGCUAAAACGGUACUGAAAUAAGUUCAGACACUGACGGGGCAUUCAGUUUGAAUCCAGCGGAGGCCUGGCUCUGGGCCAGAGACUAAACUGAAGCAAACAACCUUGAAGUAACCAGCAGAGGAAGUGCACAAACCAGACAGAAGCCCGACUGUAUCGUGUCCAACUGACCUGCUUUUUUUUUUGUUGCUGUAGCGUGGUCGUCAGGCCUGAGAGUCCUGAUGGACUGUGGUCGGAGAACGAGUCAUUUAUGGGGGAGAUCUGUCGUGUUUCACAUGUUCCUCUCUUGUAAAAUAUUAAUGUGCCUUCUUUAGAGUGCCUGCCCACUAAAAUACAGACAAAUGUUAAGCCCUGUCUGAGGGCCCGAUGUAUCUGGUUAAAUAUGCACUGAUUGAGAUGUCCCUCUCAAUGUGACGUCUGUCAACUGAAGAAGUGGAAAUGGAGCUGAUUAAGUCCUUCAUAUUGAAGGGAAAGUACAGGGAGUGCAUGGCGACAAAAUGCUUCUCUACUACAAGGAAAUACAGCUGAUUCAUUUCUAAUGAAAAAAGAAAAUGCACACUAAACUUUCGCACCUUCUUCAAAUGAGAAAUUUUUUUUACGUGAUUCAAAAUUGCCUUCAUUUUUAAAAAAUUUGAGUCAUGCAACCCUUUUCUUUCCCUCCUCCUGAAAGUGCACAUUUGUGUGAUGAAAACUGUUUGGAUGAUAUAAUUUUGAGGUAUGUUUGUUAAGGAACCGAGCUGCUAUCAACAGAUGUGUCAAAAGAGAGACUCUGCAUGUGAUUGUCUGUGUUGAAAGGGAGGAUGUUUGGAAAUUUCUGUGGUUACGGUAUGUCAAGAAAGAAAAUGGUGUAAAGAGCGAAUGUUUUUGUUUUGCUUGUUUUCACAAGUGCAAUUCAGUGAUGAGUGUACAGUACGUGUGGCUGGAAGUGAUAGUUUUCUUUGAAACAAUCUAUAUAUUUUGUUUUUUCUCACUGUGAAGAGAAGAAAGCAUUUUGUGCUUCACUUGAAGGUGUGUGUUGCUGACAUGCACCAUGUCAGUCAUGUAUUUCCCUUUCUGAAAUAAAUUUCUAUAUUUGUGCGAAAAUA